AUGUAUAUGUGUUUUGUAUGUGGGUUAAUGGUUUUUUUUUAUUUGAUUUUUUUUUUUAUUCCUCCAUUUGUUUUGUUUACACCAAGAUCUCUCCCGACGUAUUUAUUUUUUAUUUUGUAUUUUUGUUUUUUUAUUGCUUUCCCUGAGAUUUUCUCGCAGGCAGUCAAACAAACACUAAAAAAAGAGAGAAAGAGAAAAAAAAAAAAAAACAAACAACCAAAAAAAGAAAAAAAGAAAAAAAGAAAAAAAAAAAGACACGUUCCCCCCCCCCAACGACCCCCAAAAGGCGAAGAAAACCCGGCAAAAAAGAAUGGCGGAUUCUAUUCUUUUCUAUUAUCUUUUUUGGUGGUUUUUUUUUGCGGAAAUGAUAUAUAUAAUACAAAAGAUAAUACGGAUUGCAAGUAUAUAUUGAUUAGAAAGUACGUAGAGAGAGUUAUGUGGAUGGUUAACUGUGUAGCAAACAGUAAACAGCAAUGUCACCACAACACCGUCUUGUUAUCUUGUGGUCAUCUCAUCUUUUUUUUUGUCUGUGUUUGA